GUGUGUAACAACAGAGAAACGUUGUAUACGUAAUACCAAAAUGCGAGUAUUGAAACAUUUAUAAAAUAUUUGUUUGAUCACUUGCUUGAUUCAAUUCGCGAUAUGCAAUAAUGUGCUAAAGUGUGCUGCAUUGGCUCGAAAAUUUGGAUUGGAGUAUUUUAGGUAAUAAUCGGGAAAGUGCAGUGAUAUCAGUGAUUCGACUUACGGAGCUCUGCGCGGGAAACAGAAAUAUCAUUUAUGCGAUUGAUCUCUUUCUUUUUGCGAGAAUAUGCAAGAUUGUUUUGAUCACUUGUUUUACUUUGUUACUAAUAACUUGAGAUUAUCUAACCGCACUGAUUGUCGCUGAUAGUGCAAUAAGUGUAUUCGCCAACAAUAGUUUUGGCGACCUAACCUUCAGUCGCCUAAGUGAGGCCGGUAUGUUCAAUUAACGAAAAAAACAAGUUAGUGAUUUGUGUACCAAAUACGUAUCAAUUGAAUUUAGAAAUGGUGUGCUAAGAAGUUCAAAGUAAGAUUAAAGAAGAAUAAGAAUUUAAGGCGGAAGAUUUAAGCUUAAAAGAGGCUCGUAAUCAGUCGAUUAUUUCAUUGGAAUCACCAAUUAUAUCGGUCGAUUGAUUAAAAUGACCAAUUGCAAGUGACUUGCGAUCGAUCGGUCCUGCAUUAAAGAAAUACAAAUACGCUUAUAAAUUCUCUAAUGACAUCAAUAUAAGAGCAUUAGACAACUAAACUUUAACAGAAUGACCAGUCAAUCGCAGAAUAGAAAGAACAUCUCUGGUGACAAUUUGGAAGUUGAUGAGAGGAACGCAGAUAGGUAUGAUACCGAUGACGAAGGUGGCUUAAGAGUGGACGAUGAAAUAUAUAUCCCACCACCACCUAAAACCUUCAGUGAAGUGGACACAACUGGUCCAAGGCUCAUGAUUAAUAAGAUUGUUAAUGUGAAUUUCAAAAGCUAUGCUGGCACACAAAUUAUUGGUCCUUUUCACAAAAGUUUUUCAUCAAUAGUUGGACCAAACGGAAGUGGCAAGAGCAAUGUGAUAGACUCUAUGCUAUUUGUAUUUGGUUAUCGAGCCACUAAGAUCAGAUCAAAAAAAAUAUCAGUGUUAAUACACAAUUCUAAGAAGGAGUCAAAUAUUAAUAGCUGUACUGUAUCUGUGCAUUUUGAACAAAUUAUUGACAAGCCUGGAGAAGCUUAUACGGUUGUUCCUAAAAGUCAAUUUGUUAUAUCCAGAACGGCAUUUAAAGAUGGUGCAUCUUACUAUGAACUUAAUAAAAGAAAAGUACAAUUUAAGGAAAUUGGAAAACUACUAAGAUCUUAUGGAGUUGACUUGGAUCACAAUCGAUUUUUAAUAUUACAAGGUGAAGUCGAGCAGAUUGCAUUAAUGAAGCCGAAGGGACAAAAUGAAAAUGAUACUGGAAUGCUGGAGUUUCUGGAAGAAAUAAUAGGUACAACUCGCUAUAAAGAACCUCUAGAGAAAUUAUCAGACAAAGUUGAAACACUAACUGAACGUAGAGUCGAAAAGUUGCAUCGUCUUAGAGUUGUGCAAAAAGAGAAAGAGGCCUUAGAGGAGCCUAUGCAAGAAGCGUUGCAAUACUUAAAAAUAGAAAAUUCCAUAAUCAGAUUACAACAUCAGCUUUAUCAUUGCAAAAAAUCUGAGGCAGUGAAACAGCUUGCUGAGCAAGAAGCGAAGACUGAUACUCUAGACAAGGAACUAACCACAUUGUUAGAUGAGAUGAAAAGCAUUCAAGAGCAGAAAAAAGCAACGAUUAACAUCAUAAAAGAGAAAAACAAGAAGUGGGAUAUUCUACAACGGCAGAAAGAUGAAAUAGCAGCGAAAUUUGAUCAAUUGCGUAAACAAGACGAGUCGCUGCACGCCGAACUAGUCGAGACGAACAAGCGACGAAAAGCAAACAUGGGAUCCAUCAAGACGGAAAAAGUCAAACUGGAAGAAUUACUAAAAGUACCAGAGAAGAAUGAAAAAAACAUAGAAGAGUGUGAACACUUAAUUGAGACACAUAUGAAGAAUAAAGAAAAGGAAGAGACUUCGUUGUCAACUUUGAUGACAGGAUUGAAAAAAAAGACGGAACCAUUGCUGAACGAACGAUCUGAGUUGGAGAAGAAGUUGAUAGCUCUUAGAAAAAAUGUGGAUCAGGCGAAGGCAGCAUACGAUAUUGUGCGAUCCGAGUUAGAACUUUAUACAUCGGUAGAAAAGAUUGAGAAAGAAAAGCUUGAAAGUCUUCGGGAAACCGUGGAGAAGACUACUAACACUCUUAAUGAGCGGCAAAAGCAAUUGGCGUUGCUCGAGACAAAGAUCCCAGCAACUGAACGUAGUUUAAAACAGGCGCAAGACGAACUGGACGAAGCGAAGGCACGCGAGAGCGAGAUGACGGCUCAGUUGAAAAAGAUGCGAAUUACUUUCGAAGAGCAACGUUCCGCUAUGCAGGCCAGCAAGUCGCGUAGUCACAUUUUGGAUACGUUGAUGAGAGAGAAACGAGAGGGACGAAUACCUGGAAUACUCGGAAGACUUGGUGACUUAGGCGCCAUCGAUGCGAAGUAUGAUGUCGCCGUGUCGACAGCGUGCGGACCGUUGGAUAACAUUGUCGUGGAUACAGUGACCACGGCGCAGGCAUGCAUUACAUAUCUACGGCAACACAAUAUAGGACGUGCCACGUUCAUACCGUUGGAAAAGCAACAACGUUUUCUAUCCAAAUGCAGUCGCAAGAUCCAAACGCCAGAAAAUGUACCUCGUUUGUUUGAUCUAAUCAAAGUGGAAGACGAGCAAGUGUUACCGGCGUUCUACUACGGUCUGCAGGACACUCUGGUAGCGGAGAACUUGGAUCAAGCAACGCGUAUUGCGUAUGGCGCGACGCGUUAUCGCGUGGUGACGCUGAAGGGAGAAUUGAUCGAAUUGUCGGGCACGAUGAGCGGCGGCGGGCGUACAGUAUUGCGUGGUCGAAUGGGCCAAAAAGUAGUGAGAAACGAACCGUCAAAUGCCGAUAUCGAGAAGCUGCAAUCACAACUAGAUGUUGUAUUCGAAGACUGUAAUAAACUUAGAGCGAAACAACAACCGUUGGAACAGCAGAUCCACGUGUUAACGACCGCUUUGAAAGACAUGACGGUUGAUAGAAACAAAUUCAAAAUUGACUUGCAAACGCUGAAGGAGCAAGAGCCAUCGUUGCGAACUCAACUCAAGGCACAAGAGAAGAAAGCCGCGGAGUCAGUAUCAGAUCCGAAAAAAGUCGCGCAACUGCAGAAAGCAAUGAACGCAGCAAAAUCUAAUCUUGACAAAGUCGAAGAGAGUUCCGCCACGGUAGAGAAACAGGUGGAACGCAUCAAUAAGAAGAUAGAUGAGAUCUCCGGCAAUCGGGUGCGAGAUCAGCAGGCUAAAAUUGCGGAGCUAACCAAAUCGAUAGACAAGGCCAAGGCAGAGAUAUGUCGUUUGCAGGUGGCCAUUAAGACCGCCGAGAGAAAUGUGAAAAAGACGGAAAAGCAUAUAGAAACGCUAGAGAACGACUUGCACACCUGUGAGCAGAGACUGAGAGAGAUUCAGAAAGAGAAAACCGAGCUCGAGGAACAUGCUAAAGUAAUUUUGGACGAACUUGAAGAAGUCAAUAAAGCGCUAGAAGAACGUAACGACGCCACGUCAUCUUUGAAAGAAGAAUUGAACGUUUUGCAAGCGCAAGAGGACAAAAUAAAAGUUACGAGGGUCGAUCUAGACCAGAAACUUCACGAGUGUAAGAAAUUGUUGAAAGAACUUCAGCAGGUGAUUCCCGAAUAUAAUCGGAAAAUAGCGGGAUUAAAAUUGCAAACGAUUCCCCACGAGACUGUGGAGCCGCUCAAGGAGCUAACAGAAGAGGAAAUAGAGCAAUUGGACGUGAAAACGGUGGCGCAGAAUCUGCAAAAGACAAAGGUAAAACUACCUGAUCAAAUACCCAACAUGAAAAUCAUCGCGGAUUACCAGGAGAAAGACGCGCUUUACAUACGUCGUGCCGCCGAUCUGGAGGAGAUGACAUUAGAGCGUAACAAGAUGCGUGAUAUUUAUGAAACUGCCCGACGACGCAGAGUUCAAGAAUUUCUUCAAGGUUUUAACCUGAUUACCACAAAGUUGAAAGAAAUGUAUCAGAUGAUCACACUGGGAGGCGACGCUGAGCUGGAACUGGUAGACUCGUUAGAUCCUUUCAGCGAGGGUAUCGUGUUUAGUGUGCGACCGCCCAAAAAAUCGUGGAAAAACAUAAGUAAUCUUAGCGGUGGUGAAAAAACAUUGAGCUCGUUGGCGCUUGUCUUCGCUCUUCAUCAUUACAAACCCACGCCGGUGUACUUUAUGGAUGAGAUCGACGCGGCGCUUGACUUCAAGAACGUUUCAAUCGUCGGUAAUUACAUUAAGGAGCGCACAAAGAACGCGCAGUUCAUCGUCAUCUCGCUGCGCUCCAACAUGUUUGAGUUAGCCGAUUACUUAGUGGGUAUUUACAAAACGUUCAACUGUUCUAAGAGCGUGACCAUUCAUUUGGGUCGUUAUUAUGAGAACAACAAUAUUAAACCACCCAAGCAAGUUACCUCAAGAACUUACGCGUCCCAAGUUACACAGACGCAACGCAGUCAGCCACAAUCGCAUAAAGAGAAUACCGCACCCUUGACUAACAAUAACAACACGGAAAAGAAAUUACCAGAAGAACAAACGGAACUUGAUCAAUUGAAUCUUCCAGAUUUGGCAGUGUGCCCGACUCCAGAGAAAACAGGCCGACGUUCCAGCAAACUCGCAAGAAAGAGCAAUGAAACAGACAGCAGCAUUAUAGAUGAACCUGUUAGAAAGAAGCAUCGAAAGUAAUUGAUUGUCAGAUUUUGCGAAAAUCAUUUCUCUUGUCGGGAGUCUUUCUGCAAACAACGGUUUCAAGCAAUCACUUAAAAAUCUUAAAAUAUAUAUAAGAGAGUAAUUUUAUACGAAAUAAAUAACACAUUUAGGUAGAACAAAUAUCGA